ACCAUUAGAAUCUUUGGAAUGGGAUCUAUUUCUAGGGCAGCCGUGAGAUCCAUCCAUGGCGUUCGUGACGCGGAGCAAUUGGGAGGAGGCGCUGGUCGAGGCGAGGGCUCACAUCCGCCAGGCGGCAUUUGUGGCUGUGGAUCUGGAGCUGAGCGGCGUCCAGACGACGCCAUGGCGCGGCGCCACAGAGGUGGACAAUCUCCACACUCGCUACCUCAAUCUUCGCGACUCGGCCGAGAAGUUUGCGAUGAUCCAGUUUGGCCUCUGCCCGGUCGUGUGGGAUGCUGCCAGUGUGAAAUUCAUCGCGUAUCCGUGAGUUUUAGUGUGAUCUUUGAGGUGAAUUUCUACUUUUUCUUCCAAUGCAGCUAUAACUUUUGUUUGUUCCCGCGUCACGAGCUCCAAAUCGAGAUGCCCGCAAGAGAUUUCUUGUGCCAGGCCACUUCACUCGAGUUUCUCGCGAAGCACCAGUUUGAUUUCAAUGCCUGCAUUUACGACGGCAUUUCUUAUCUAUCUCACGAGCAGGAGAAACUCGCUAGACAUAAACUGAAGUUGACGGAUGCGGAUGGAGCACCACGCGAGCUUGAGAGCUUCUCGGUACUGGAGAUUCCACUCAAUAGAACAGCGGACGUUAUCUUUAGCGAGAGCGUGCGAGUCCAAGCCGGGGAAUGGCGUGACAAAGUGCUGCAAAGAGAAAAGGAUGCUCAAGAACCCGAGGAGCGGCUGUGCCUCGUUGUGGAAGUUGCUGGUAACCAUGAAGCCAACCUCGUUCACCAGGUUUUGCGAAAGAGCUUCCAAGAUCUCGUUCCUUUUACGGAGGAUGGUGCGAAGAAAGUGAAAAUUCUGUUUUCCCGAUCUGUGAAAGAGAGGGCGCUCUUAGUGGGUCAAUGGGAAAAGGAUAGAAGGUCGAGAUUGGAAAACCAGAUCAUGGAUGCAGUAGGAUUUCGUCAACUUAUUGAUACUCUAGUGGAGUCGAAGAAGCCAGUGGUCGGACACAAUUGCUUUCUUGAUAUUGCUCAUAUCUACAGCAAAUUCUUCGCAACUCUUCCUUUGAGCUGCUCCGAAUUCUGCUCCUCCAUCCACCAGCAUUUCCCUUGCAUCUUCGACACCAAGUACUUGCUGAAAGCGGACUCGGCGGCUCAAGAAAUGCUUGGGAAAGGCGGCACAACCUUGGGCCCGGUGUUCUCGAACGUGGGAAAGCUGCCAAACAAAGUCCCGAUCGAGUUUGGAAGCUCCAACCUUUGCAGGUACGAUGGGACAGAGAUGAAGCACGAGGCCGGCUAUGAUGCUUACAUGACGGCGGCAGUCUUUGCCAACAUCUGCCAGUUUGUGAAGAUGGAUCCCGCGAACUUGCCUUCACUCUGCGAGCAAGCAAAAGAAGGCGAGGAAGAAAGAUCAGGCCUUGGGAGCCACGCAAAUCACUUGUACCUUGGUUGGCGAGGGCACUUUGUCCUCGAUCUUUCGACUGGCCAGGAAGCAACUGGUCCCAGGUCACUCAAGUCUUCUCGAUCCAUCGAGCGUGAGAAGGCCAAGAGCGUGGCACUGAUGUGGGGCUCCGGUUCCACUCGAAGCUCGGAAGUUGACAGUCGAAGCUUGGAAGCUGACGUGAAAGCCUGCUUUACCGCUAAAUCACCACCGCAUGUAGAAGUCGUGCGCAUCGAUGAGAGCUCCGCGUUUGUGGUUUUCCGGAGGAAGGAGUCCCUGGAAUCCCUGGUGCAAGCCUUCGAAUGCUCCGGUCACCACGACAAGGUUGGCGUGUGCGAUGUUAGCGGCCUGGUUGCACGCGGCUGGAAGAUUGCCCGAUAUGAGUUCUUUGAGAAGCUUUGCGAGUCGCCACUGUCAACGGCAAAGCUCACGGACGCAGUCACUUUGAUGCAUCUUCAAGCUGAAAGUAGUAGCUCGAGGAAGAGACCGCGAUUAUGAAAGCCAGGAUCGUUUUUUUUUUCCUCUCUUGCUACGCUCCGCUACCUCCAACCGGAACUACGAGACGAUCGGCUAGCAUGAAUGACAAAUCGCCCAUUUGUGACAA